UUGAAUUAUUUAUUUGAAACCUAAAACAUGAAUUUUAGAAAAUAUUUAUAAUAAAUGCAGAUAAAAAGUAUUUAAAAAUAUCAAAAAGUAUGGUUAUUUGAGAGACGCUAAAGUUAUUUGUUUUGCAAAAUUUUUGCAAGUUUGGGGUGGCGCAGUUUGUAACAGUAGCAAUAAUGAUGUAUUUGGUCGUAUGCUGUUUGUUGAUAUUAUUUAAAUUUUCACACGGCUCGUUUGAGACAAGGCUAGAAGCGAUAAAAUAUGAGAAGAGUCAAAGACCUUUUUAUGGCACUGGUAAUGUCAAUGUGACUGUGCAAAUAUUUGUUUAUCUUAUUGGACCCAUCAAUGAAGUUGAUUUUACUUUUGAAAUUGGAUUUUACUUGCGACAAUGGUGGGUAGAUCCAAGACUGGCAUUCAACAACACAUCAGAGAUUUUUCAUGCUACCACGUUGGAUCAUUUGAUCUGGAUUCCUGAUACAUCAGUUUAUCAUUCGCGCGAAGUACGUAUAUUUGAAAAUGCAGUACGAGCGAUAAUUAAACCCUCUGGUGCGGUGUAUUAUAGUCGAAGGUUAACGUCGAAAAUACAUUGUCAUAUGGAUUUGACCUUUUAUCCAAUGGAUACUCAAGAAUGUCAUCUUACGUUUGAAAAUUAUGCUUUCACAACAAACCAAGUAAACAUAUCAUGGCACAAAAUACCAAUUGUGAGAAGCACAAUGCUAGAAUUGAAUGGCUAUAGCCUAAUGGGCAUAUCAAGCAACACUAUUUUAAAACCAUCUCUCGUUGGAAACAAAACAACAUACUUCAAACUUUUGCAAUCACGGUACACCGUAAAGAGAUCUUACAUGAAUCAUAUUUACCGAACUUUUAUCCCAUCUUCAUUACUACUAAUAUUCGCAUUUGGAUCAUUUUGGGUUCCCGACACUGCUGUUCCAGCUCGUAUGGGAAUGAUUGUGACAAGUUUCUUAUCAAGUACGUUUAUAUUACAAGGAGUAAGUGAUACAACGGUGAUGGUUUCAUAUACAACCCCGAUGCAAAUGUUUCUUCUUAUCAAUGUUGUGUUAAUUGUUUGCUGCAUGAUUCAGUAUUUAAUCGUGUUGAAGGGAAGAUCUAAUCAGCUUCAUUCUAAUCCCACCUGCUUUGAAAAUGAAACAGUCGAAGAAUGCGAUAAGGUGGAAACAGAAAAAUGCGAUGUCAGUAUUAGACCAUCAAGUGGAACACAAAUUGUUCAUAUUGUCGACAAAAUAUCGCGGAUUAUUUUUCCAGUACUCUAUGCUGCUUUUUGUGCUACAUUCUUUGGAUAUUACUUCAAACAGUAAUCACAGAUGGUGUCAAAAUGUAUAUAUUAUCAGCUUCGUGUGUGUGUUCACAACAUUUUGCUAGGCAGAUAAUAGGGUUGCUCGAAAAAAGACAUAGGCGUAAUGACUAAGAUAAAUAAUUUUAAUUAAAUUUUACAAAAUUUGUAUUUAAAGUUUCAUGGCUUAGAAAAACUUUUUUAUUUCUGCGCUAGGUUAGUGCUAGGUUAGCACUCUAUGCUGUGUUUUUGAAUAAAAAAACGGUUGAAAAAAACUCGAUAAAUAAAAGUGGGGAGACAAAGUAUUAGACUCAAAGCUCAAUAUUCUAGAGACGUAGCUAAAUUGUUUCCUUUCUUUCUUUUUUCUUAUUUGAAAAAGUAGACUGACCAUGUAGGUACUUAAAAAAAAUUACAUAGAAAAAAAACAAAGAAAACUAAAAUAAUAUCAAUAAAAAGCCAGGAAAACUAGAAAAACGAUUGCUUCUAACAAUUACCCGAUAUUAAAACUCGUUUAAACGUGUUUUAAUAUCGGAUCGUCAAUUCGGUUAACCAGAAGAUUCAAAAGUUACAUACAGUACAUUCUAACUAUCUCUAUAGUAGAUAGAUAGAGCGGAUAAAUAUGGUCGAGAUAGUCCACCAGAGAAAAGAUAGAGGAAGAGAAAACCAAUAAGGGAACAAAAUAUUUGUCCGAGAUAAGAAGUUAAAGACAUAGGGUAUUCGAGAUGGAGGGAUCCACUUACAUGGAUGUUGAAGUUACGUUUUUAUUAUAUAUUUAGUUUGUAAUUAUAAAAAAAUAAUAUUCUUUUUUAAUAA